AUUGCGUCUCUCUCAAGCCUCUCUCGCACCCAUGCCCUUUUCUGCUGAUGGCAGUCGCUGCCCGGCCGCACAGGCCCCACGCUCUUUCUGCUUGCGGGUGAUCGGCAGCCGGGAUCCUGGCCCUUCAUCCCUGCUGUCCCAAAGCGGGAGCUCGAUUGCGCACUCGGUUGCUCUCCCCAGCAAGUGGCCUCCCACAAUCGGAUAUCCUUUCCUCCUCAGGUUCCCCCAUUCAGCUCAGAGCUCCAGUAACACAAAUCUCUGCCGCAGAGCAUUUCCAGAACAGGCACGGACAGGACAGGCACGAACCACACACCCCGGCUCAGUACGCAGAUUGUACAGAUGUACAGAUGUACCGCGCCCGUUCGUCUGGUCCUUGUCCCGCCACAAAAACGCUUGUGCGGGCCACGCAGGCAACGGUGUGGGCAACGAUUGGUUGCUCACGGCCAACACAAAAAUUGCCCUUGUUCGACGCCGGCCAACCAACCCGGACUUGACUCCGUCCCAGGACCCAGGUCGUCCGUUUUGUCUCUGCGUCGUGUACUUCGUCCCCCGAACCUCUCCCGCUGUCCGUCACAGCCAAUGUUUGUCGAUCGGCCUCGGCGCUUCACCGCUUUGGACGCUCACACGGCAACUCUCCUCAGCUCUCAAUUUUCGCUUGCACCUGGCUCCCGCGACGCCUCGAUCCUUUGAUCCGCGCCUUAAGCUUAACCGGGCAUUCGGUGCUGAGAUCCGGAUGCUUCGGACAAUUCUGAGAGACACCACGACUCUCCGGAGGUCUGUCGUCUCUCUAGCCGAGGCAGGUGGAGAGGGCGGCGCAAGCCACGCAUCGGGGCCACCCACGCUCUCCCCCCGUGCAUCGCCCAUGCAGCGUGUUGGCGAGCCCAUCCGUCUUGUUGCAGAAUUCUGCGUCGAUCUUUGCGAGCUAACUCCUCCGUACAUGCACAUGUCCCUCUGUCGCAUCUUUAAAGCCAGUCGCGGACCUCGUCCUGACUCAUGGACCUUUACCGCACUCUCCCUUUCGAGGAUGGUUGAUCAACUUCUUACUCUCUCAACUCGAAAAGUCUCACGACCUGUGCUUGGCGUUUGCGCCAUUCCGCCGUCCGAUCGCCAUCAGCCGCCGGGGGAAUCCAAGUUCAGCAGGGCUCACACCCUGGUAAGGCCGACGCCACACCCUUCCGAGUCAUCGGGUAUUUGCUCCGACGGAACACUGCGAUGUUGACAUGCAGACGAUCCAUUACAGGGAUGUGCACAGUGAGAUCUGGGCCCAUCCGUGGUCGGAGGAUAGGCUCGCGUCCUCGUGGGCUCGCUCCCGCCACGGCGCAGCCUUUGAGCUGGCGUUUCAAGAAGGCUGAGACAAUAGUUAGUACACUGGAUAAACCUCCGGAACGACUUAUUUGGGCUCGGGCGACGGCCACCCUUCUGAGCCUCGUGAUGUUAGCAUAAUGGGAACGGCACCCGAAACCCGCCGGCUUGGUCGGAAUUGUGUCGUAUAUCCCUACCUUGCAGCAACACAGUGUACAGACCCGGCCGCGGAGCCCAUGGGACUACGCAGAUAAUCUGCUCAGCUUCGCUCUGGCCCGGCCAAGUGAGCCAAUAUCAUAUGAAUCGGCCCGGCUUCGCGGGGCUUACGGCCGCCGACGGCUGAUUAACCCCCUCUCCUUCCCAUCCCUGAAGUCCCUCCAGCUGCGCAAGGAAUAGAGCUGUUCUGGG